AAUAACGCCAACGAAAAUAGAAAAAACAAAAGCCACUUCUUCCCCAGUCCACCGCCUCCCCUCUCUCUGCUCUGCUCCUCCAGCGAAGCGCACGCACGACGCGCGCAGGCAGCAAGGCAACCGAGCUCCUUUGCUUCUACCCGUGGCAACGCCCCAGGCGCGCGCGACGCGUCGAGCCCCGGAGGCCGAGGUCGAGCGCGAGUGCGGAAGCGGAGGAGAGGAGCGCGCCCGCGACACGGCUGGGAGCCCCCCCACCACGCUCGGGUCCGAAGCCGGAUCUGCCUCGGGGCUCGCGCCCGCGGCUGGAGAUCGGGGGGUCGCAGGGGCCGGCGCGGCUGGUGGAGCGCACUGCCGGCGGACGGAGGGUGCCGGUAAUCGAAGGCGGCAGUGGAAUGCGGGCCAUGAUAUAUGUUCCAUCUGUUCUGGAUGGAAUUUGACUGCAUUCUACUGUCUCUGAAAGAAGGGUACCAGGCUUAAGAGGCCACGAAAAAUGCCACCGUCACCCUCACCGAGGAGAUCAAGGUCUCCUGCACGGGAGACUUAUCACAAGAGGACCAACAGUUUCGGAAAUGUGCUUCCUGCGAAAUCAAAGGAUGAUGAACUCGCUUUGUUCUCUGAUAUGCAGAAAGUUGAGACGGAGAACUUCUUACUGGAACCUUCGGAGGAUUUUGAUGACUCAAUCGCAAAAUUGAGCUAUUUCCCGGAAGUAAAACUUGGUGUUAACAUUCCUGCCCAUGGAGAAAGCCAUGAUUUGCUUAAUGCGGACGGCGAUAAAAACGAUUAUGAGUGGUUAUUAACUCCUCCAGAAACUCCACUUUUUCGAUCUUUGGAUGACGAAGAAAACCAAUCCAUCACUCUGGUUUCUAGGGGCAGAGCUCAGAGCAAGCCUAUACAAAUUUCAAGAUCAUCCACGAUGGAUAAUAGCCAAAGAGCUAGUAGAAGCAGUGCAAGCCCAAGUAGGCUUAGCCCAUCGCCACGCUCUAUGGGAAGGACAAGAUCAUCUAGUUCAGCUUCUCGCUCUAGCCCACCACUUGCUGUUCAAUCACAAACGCCAUCACGAAGAUCGUCAACCCCUCCCAUUGCUAAGACAUUAACACCUCCUCGAAGGUCUCCAAGUCCUGUCUCAAGAAGGAUGAGUACUGGUUCAAGUGGUCCAACUUUGAAUGGAACAAGAGGAGCUUCACCAGUGAAACCUAAUCAUAGAUCUUCUUCACCAAAGCUGCAUGGAUGGCAAUCAAAUGUUCCUGGUUUCCCUUUCGAUGCACCUUCAAACCUUCGCACAUCUCUAACUGAUCGUCCAGUAUGCCGGUCAAGGGGUGGAUCGCCUUCAUCUUUUAGUGGACUAGAAAAGGGUUCAAGAGGUAGAAGACAGUCAAUGUCUCCCACUCCACCUAGAAGAGCCAGUUCAUCUCACAGCAUUGAACGGGACCGAAUGAGCUCUUACAGCAAAGCUUCCGCAACAUCAUCUGGUGAGGAUGAUCUGGAUUCUAUGCAGUCUGUACCAAUUAGCUACUCCAGUAGCCCAGCUGUGAAAAAGAGCUUGGUUGUGAUGAAAACCAGAACCAUUGCAUCAUCAAAGAAUCCAUCCAAAAAUUUCACACCUAGUUCUGCCCCGAAGCGAUCAUUUGACUCUGCACUUUGGUUGAUGGAUCACCGCAAAGCUCCACAAGAUAGGUUCCGACCACUUCUAUCAGGUGCCCCUGCCAGCACAUUUGGUGCUGGGAAUGGAAAUGAUGUGCACAAACCUACGUUCUCACACAAUUCCUCUUUGACAACUAGCAGCAAUGCAAGCUUUUACCAUGGUGCAACUUUUGGCUCUUAUAUACCUGGCAGCCAAGAGCAACGUGAUUUGGUUGGUGAAUGGGAAGAAAAUGAUAGUUCUCGGGGUCAUGAGGAUAUAUUUAUGUUUGAUAAAUUGGAUGAACCAAAUGAAGAAGACAUUCAUUACAAGAGCACGGAAUCUACAAAUAAUUCACUGGUCAUAGUAAAACAUCUGGUAAGUGGCAGACAGGACUUGGAAGGAAGCAGAAGACCUAAUCAGUCCUUAUGCCAUUCUACUGAUAGUUCUCAGGUUGGCAAUAGUAAAAUUGCUACUUGCUCUAGAUGUGGGAAGUUUUUUGAUGCGAUGGAUGUGGAUAAAGAUGGUGUCUAUUGUGAUGUAUGUGCUUCAAAGGUUGGGAAUAUCUUCACCGGUCCUAUUGUACAAACUGUAGGAGAAGAAAACCAGCAAUAUGAUAAAACUGCAAAAUUGAAACCUUGCAUCGCAUCUGAUCCUCCCAUACCCACAGAUUGUAUAGCCUAUAGCAAAGAAGUAUCUCUUGAUAAUCAACUAGUGAACAGUGAAUCUUACACUGAUUGCCUGGAUCAGGCCCCUCCAAUUCACUCAAUGGGGCACACACCUCAGGAAAUGCUACUGGGGCAGGAGGAAAAGAUAGACACAGAGCAUAGAAAGAAACAUGCUGGGGACUCAUUAGGAAAUACAAACGAUAUUUCCUUUCAUCGAUCUAGUGUGACUGAAUGUGAACAAAUGGAACCAACAUCUGUGGGGAAUGACCUUUUCAUCAGAGACCAAAUGGAUAACCAUAAUUAUGGAUCUUCCCAAUGUAAUGAAACUGUCUCUGAAACUGUGACCAGUGACAAUUCUCCUCAACUGGGAUCAAUUAUAUAUCAAAACCCUAAACUUGAAACUGAGGGUACUGGGAUAUCAGUACUGUUAGUCCCUAAGUCAAACAGCAAUAAAUGGCCUGUUGUAGAAGGGAGGGCCCUGGCUGCUACAAGUAUUCUCUGUUCAGAACCCUAUUAUGCAAGAGAUGGUGUCAGUAUGAUGAAGCGUAGCUUUGGACUGGACAGCUCUUCAGCUGCUUCUUCCAGUGAUCUUGGGUCUUCGAGGCAAUCAACCAUAUGUUUUGAGCGCCUUAGGAGUGGUAAGAGGGGUGACUUUGAGAAGUCUCAGAUAAGCAGUACUAUGAGUCGGCAAAGCAUUGCUUCUGUGUCAGAUAUGUCAAUUUGUAGCUCUUCAGCUUCACUUUGCCCUCAGAGUGAUGCGGUAGGAGGUUCCUGUUUCCCAAUUGACACUUUGGAAAGCAGCACUUCAAGAACAUUGAUCUCUUCUGAAGAAAAUGAUGCUUUUUAUAAGGAUGCUUUGCCAAGUGCUAUGGAAUGUUCGUCUUCUUCACAGGUUAUUGCUGAUGAUGCCAGUCCCUCUGACUUGAAAAUCCAGAGCUAUUUAAGUGAGGUAGGAGAUACAACAGUUGAGACUCAUAGUGCCAGCAGAAUGGCUGACAUGGAUCAUACCAGUACAAAUAUGUAUUCUUUAGAUACUGAAAUGCCAAGUGAUACCCGAGAGUCAUCAGGCCCAGAGGAAAGUUGCAUGCCUGAAACUGAAGAGGAUACUUACGCCAUCAGUCAGUGGAAUAAAGGUAGUGCUCCAGAACAUUCAAGUGAUGAGAACAACUUUGAUGAUAUUCAAAUGCAGUCCGAAAUAGUUCAGGGUUCAGCUGAGGAAAACAGAUUUGAUGAUUGUUGCAUGUCUGCCAUCUCUGAGGAGGACGUGUUGAUUUCUGGACAAGAAGCUGACACAAGGAAACUUCCCAAUGAUGAAGAAUUUUGUGCGGAAGUAGCAGGAUCAAGGAAACAAAUCCAGAGAUGCUUCACAUUGGAAGAAGCUGCUGAUACAAUUCUCUUCUGUAGUUCUAUUGUCCACGACCUUGCAUACAAGGCUGCGACUAUUGCAUUGGAAAACAAGAAGGAAUCAGAGUUUGUCGACUCUAUUCGCCCAACUGUUACAAUAGUUGGAGGAUCUUUUCCUAAGGAAGAGAGUUUGCCAAAGCUGCCUCACAGACGAACUCCAAAUCGUAAGGUCAAAAGGAAAAGAUUGGAAGGUGAAACAACUACAACGGAAACUGCAGAGAAAGAUGCUGUUGCGAAAGACUCCCCCCCUGUAUGUUCUGCAUCAGGUAUUGCAAGGAAUUCCGAUAAUAUGAAACCUCCAAAGCUGGAGUCCAAGUGCAACUGUAUAAUCAUGUAAGUAACUCAAGUCACAUCCAAGAUCGAAGGAGAUUUCGGAUAUUGUGUGGGACAAAAAUCGAUGCAUGCUGGUUUCAUGUUACAUGCAACUUGAAGCACGCCUACCUGCUUGGUUAACCCGUUGUCAGCAACGAUGGAGUUCAACACAGUGGAUCUUCCGCUAGAUUAUUUUGCAAAGGUGCAUUUGCUGUGUUUUAGGUGACAGAAUGCACUGCGAGCUAUUCUUUUGUAAAGUCUUUUCUUCCCCUUCUCUGUUGUGGAAAUUUUCUGCUUGUCGUGAGGUCCAUUGCGGUUUGUCCAAAGUGUGAAAGACUACAAAAGUUGUGCUGAUAGCCUAUUUACUUGCAACGCACGUGGCUGCUUGUGAAAAUGAUGGUCGUAUACUCGUAUGCACGCGGCCUGGAUCUCAGUUUCUGCAUUCCUCGAUGCAUCUCUUCA